AUGGCCGCCACGCCUAAGCAGAUCCGUUUCGAAGAAGAUGGGUUCGAGGAUUGGUCAGACUCACCAAGCUCGCCUUCCCGGUCACCAACGCCCAGUGUCAGCUCCUUUCAACGCGACUCUCGCCCAAAGCGAGGCACGACGCGCAUUCCUGCACGAAUUGUUUCCAAGCGCGCGUUGAUACACCUUGGAUACUCCUUUGCCGAGGAUGGAGACACCAUUAUUGUUCAGCUGGCACUCGGACAAAAUCACAUUGAGGAACUUCUCGAACUCAGCAAAAGAAUCCGAAGUUCAGACCAAGGCACUUCGGAAAUCGGUGAUAGCGGUGAAGCGGCCCCUCAGGUUGAAGAUGGAGGCUAUGACUGGAUCAACGUCAACGCACCUGAUACAGAGACGCCGCAUCUACAGACGGGAGAAAUCAAAGACUUCUCUGGAAACGAGGACAGAGAGUCGACGCCAGAUGACACGGAUUGGGAUUGGGACGAUUUUGAAGGUCCAGUGAUCUACUCAGGGGUUCUAAACCUGAACAGCACAAAAUCGUCCAUGGACAAUGAGAUGAACUCUACUGCUGGAAAACUUCUGGCUUGGAAUCAAGAAAAGUCAGAUCUCAUUAAUGGAGCUAAAACGGAGCUCAAUACAGUGCAUGCAGCAGAGUUCUAUAAGGAUCGAGCCGGCAACCAAAAGGUCACUCUUGCCUGCCCGGAGGACUACGAGUUUGGGGCUACAGAUGAGUCCCUUGUUCGGUUAAGAUGGUUACACGUACAGUCCGAGUCCUUGAAUAUCGCGACUAUGGAGACUCUGAUUUCAGACUGUCCAUAUAUAUCCCAAUCACUAAGACUAGUAGCACUCGCAGUUCUCAAAGAAGUCACUGCGAAAUGUGAGAGAUCCUCAGAAAAUGGCUCCUACCUCGAACCUGGCUCUGUUAUCCAAUACAUUGGGAGAUACAACAGCUCAUUUGGGGUCUAUGAAGACGAAGACGCCACUGAUACCGAACCUGUAGUCUUCGUCUCUUCACCUCACCUUCUUCUUACCGACAAGCGCCCAACCAAAAGGUUUCCCGGGAAGCACUAUAUGAGGAGUCUUCGAGAAGUUCUCUAUGGCUAUGACGAUGAAACACAGUCCAAUAACGAGUCUCGAGGACGGAAUCACAAGCUUGACGAGGAUGAACCACCCAAAUUGAAGGUUCCGCAAAUUUGGACGUUGAUAGUUGGUGCAGACCUGAUUAUCACCUUUUCAGAACUUUUGUCGCCGGAGAUACAACAAAAUAUGAUCAAGAUUGACCGGACAAAAUCAUCUGUAGGACUUUACACCGUCAGGCUCAUUGACGAACAAGACAUGUGCCGGUAUCAUGUUGUCGUUAAAGCAGACUGGAAAUAUGCAGACUUCCUGAAGCACGCGGUGGCACUGGCACUGAAGGGACAAGGUCCUGUGAAUGCAGCUGCUUACGUGCUAGUCAACGAUUAUUGGGGCAUAAUCACAGCAGAUAUCUGGCUGAACUUACUUGCGAGUGAGACAAUUGAGAACUAUGUCUUCGGAAUCCGAGAGAAACACGAGGCGCAGCGGAGACCUAACGAGGAAUUCCUUGCUUUGUCGGAGAAGCUCCUCACUGCGGGGAGCAGGAGCAAUCUGGGCAGCCGCAGAGCGUCACGCCGGAGUUCAUUCAGGUCGGACUCGAGAGCCACAAACUUGAAUCCGAUCGACAUGGAUAUGCAGAUAGUACUGCAUCCUGGUAUGUGGGAAUAUGGUGGUGACUCUCCGAGUCCUUCAGAAGACGGGUUAGACCAGGUAGGAAGCGACACGUUUGAAACUUCAACCAUGUCGUUUGACUCACACUUGGGCAUUGAUAAUUCCUCACUCGAUGGCACUGUCGACUUGACUACAUCCAUGUCGGAAAUAAGCUUUAGGAUGAGAAACAUAGCCAACUUUGAGUCAUCUGUCUCGCUUGGGGGUGCUGAAGCCCCCAGGCUCUUCAAGCUUAAAAAAGAAACGGUAGAAUCGAAUCAGACGAGUGAAACAACUGGUAGCCCGCGAUUACAGCCUGGCCAGUCAUAUGCCGAGGUUGUCGAGGAAAGAAGAUUCAUUCUCCCACGAAUUCACAGACAAACAACUCGACCUAUGUCAACGAGGAGUUUGAGAUCGAACCUCACGUCCAACGUUCCUGUAUCACGUCAUAGACGAAGUCGAAACCGUUCAAGAACUCCAAGCUUUACUUAUGCCCGCGACUCUCCUUUAGAAGCAGAGCCACUUCCAUCUUGGCUCACUGAUCAGGAGCAGUUCAGAAGAACACGCAGUGAUGCAAGUUCGUUCAGCGGCUCGUGGACUAGACAAACUCCCGAUCGGGGAUUUGGGACGAGUUUUCCCUCCACAAGCUUACCGCCACUGAGUCUAGGCGAUCUUAACUUUGUACCAUUUCUUGCCUGGAGAUUAACAUGGGACGACGACAAGAGAUCACAGUCGGAGAUUGAAAAGACCCUUACUCAGCUACUAGGUAAUUUGAACGCGACCAUCGAGUCGGAUAGGAUCGGGAAAUGGUACAAGGCUUCUUUUGAAUGUACCAAGGGCGAGCUUACCCAGCGGCUGGCUAGCAUGCUACAAUUAUCUCCCCCCAAACCAACUGGAGAGGCAACUGAGGGCGUGGCGCAGACUUACUCGAGGCCGGACGUCAAUCCAGGAUCGAACCCCGUAGGUGACGCCAAUGUACAAGAACCAGACCUAAAAAACAGCACUGAACUUGGGGGAUCUACCGGAAGCCUUGUAGCUCAAGCGUCAACGUUGUUUGGGUCUACCGAAAACGAAGAAAAUGAGUUGGACCCGAAGGUUGAACCUAACACACACUUUCGCCAACCUGUACACAGUUCAUCGUGCGAAGAUCUCCGAUCUGGGAAUGAUCCUUGGAAACUGAUGGAUUCUAAAGAGGACCAUGAAUCAUUCCUUCUGUCGAGAAUCUUUAGCGUUUCUCAGAGUAUGCUUAGCGCGUUUCUUCCCGACGAGGGGCGUCUCGUUCAUCACCCGGUCUGUAAACGAUUCUGGGGUUCAGUUGACGCGAUAUUGAGGGGGCUUCAGUGGUCGAUCGAUGAGAUGAAAGGAACGGAUCAGCUUUCCUGGUUUGUAACACGGCCAACCACCCCCUUUCCGCCAGGGGAGUCAGCCUCGAUCUCAGGCUCUAAAGCUCUGAGCGAUUGCGAUGAGUGCGACAAGGUGAAAGGGUACUUGUCACCAGAAGAAGCACUCGACCAUUGGCACAAGGUUCACAUGAGAACUCCCUGUCUGCACCAAGCGAAAAAGGGCCGGGUGUUUGAUGAUCCCUGUUUCGUUUGGAUCCGCCGCCACGCAGUCGAAGAAUCCUGGACUAUCAGAUCGAAGACAGCUCCUAGGAACGAAGUGGUUUCGUGUCUAGAACUAUUCUGUGAAGAGUUGCUAGACAUGGUUGACCGGACGGAGGAACUCCACAAGCUGGUCAUGAGCGUGACCAGCCUGGGAGACUCGGUCGACUGCCAUGACAGCCGGCCUCAUCUGCCUAAUAGCCUAGUUGAGGCCUUUGAGCGGAUCAUUGGCCUUUUCGUACUAAAAGCUAAGGAAAUCUCCUGGAUGAACAGACUCACUGUCACUCCUGAUUCGUUAUACGGCCGUCAUGCUGAGCGACGUUUGAUGGAUCUCAAGAGGAAUGCGGCAGCAAUCUCAGAGCGUGUUCGCAAUCACCUCGACCGAGCGAAGGAGGACAUUAUCCUAUUGGGGACCAGCAGGGGUGACAUGGACAGGAUCAUCAUCGCGCCAAUAGGCCCCGAGUUCCUGGCAAUUGCGCUGAUAAGCAACCUGCAGAAUAACAUAUCCAAGCAAGGUACCAACGAAAAGGUCGAUCUCAUCAGUCACUACCGAGCCCACACCGCCAGGCUCCGGUUCAACACCAAUCGAAAGCCGAAGCGGCAGGCUUUUGUUGAGAUCCAUGCUCUUGAAGAGGAGUUGGAGGCUUUGCAGAUGGUGGUCGCUUCGCAGCAAGGGCUAUUGAGGGCGUACCAGAGGCUCUUUUCCCCGUUGAACUUCAAGCACCCCAUGACCGACUGGAUCUACUAUAAGGAACGGAAAUCUCUUUUCAAGCUUGAGAGCAAGUGCGUACGCAGGCAGCAGCGACGAUUGGCGGAGCGCGACAGGGCGCUUGGAGUUCUUCGGAAGAAGGUAAGGGUGUUGAGAGACGAGACGAAGCAGAGGAUUGAAAUCCUUGACGAGGGCCAUGGAAAGGCGAUUCGGGUGUUUACCAUAGUGACAUUGUUCUUUCUGCCACUGUCAUUCGUUACGAGCUUUUUCGGAAUGAACACAACCGACAUCAGAGAUACCGACUACGACCAGAAGAUCUUCUGGAUCUCGGCCCUCCCCGUCACAUUCGGGGUCAUAGGCUUGGCAUUUCUUUACGGCUACAAGUGGGAUAUGAUCGCGGCAUGGGCAAACGGGGCGCUGAGAUCGGCCGACAAGAGUACAGCACCCCAUGAUUUCUUGAUUGAGGAGAUACCGACUUGGACGAGCACGGCGGAACCCAAAGAUACCUGGUUGCCGAAUCAUGGAAGAGCCAGCGUCACCGGUUGGAGAUAUCGGAUGUCGUAUCUAUCCGCACGGCAGCGGCGGCGAAAGGGCAGAGUUCCUAGGAAGAAGACGGACGAUAGUCUCUUUCGGCCAUAG